GUUGGACAUACUGCAGGAACCGAGCUGGGUUUGAAUGUCGUUUUGUUUUAGCUGUGUAGUCGAUUAAAGAGUCGUAAGAGUGCGGUGUACACGAAGAUAGGCGAUUCUAGCCUUUUUAUACACAUAAAUGCAUCUUGUCUCCAUAAUCUGGUGACUGUUGAUUUGUCGAGGGGCGGCUGGUUAAAUCGUACUGAAUGCAGGUGUCAUGAAUCAUCUUAAAUUCUCGCCGCAUCCAGCGUCUGUGGCCUACGCCAUGACCACACUUGGGUCCAGUAUGAUGAACAGUAUUUUUUCUUUCUAUUACGUGAAGUUAUUCUUGAACAAGUACAGAAUAUCCGAAGCAGCCUUCCAUCAGUCUCAGGUGAUCUACAUGAUCUGGAAUGCCCUGAAUGACCCGUUGUUCGGCUACCUGCAGGACAACUCGCGCAUGCCCUGCUGCUCACUCCGCCGGCUCUCCAUCCUGUACGGCGCCCCGUUCUACGGCCUGGCCUUCCUGCUUGCCUGGUUCCCCUGGAGGGCGUACGCGCCGGGCGACUGGCUGAGCGGCGCACACCUGGUGGCGACACUGUGCGCCUUCGACGGCAUGCUCACGUUUGUGCUGCUGGCCCAGUGCGCGCUCUUCGCCGAGAUUUCCGCCCAGCACGACACCAGGCUGAGGCUGAUCAAGUACAACCAGGUGGCCUCACUGGCCGGCUCCUCUAGCGUGCUCUUCUGCGGCCUCGUCUCCGGCAACAUGGUCGACUUUGCCGCCUUCCAGGGAUUUUGUGUGCUGGUGGCGGUACUGGGCUGCGCCUGCAUGGUCUACACGGGCUUCUACAGCGAGAGCCGCUUCGACGAGAAAGGCUUGGGCCCCGGCUCUCAACAACCUCCCCUCUCCCUCUCUGCCGUGGUCACCAUGACGUGGCAGAUCCUCACCAACCGGGACUUCCAGCUAUUUGUGGUGAUGAACUUCUUCCAGGUCUUCAUGGUGGCCUUCUUCCACAACUUCGCCAUAAUCUUCGUGGAGCAUCUCAUACCGGCCGACGUCCUUCCUUCACUGGCGAAGAGCUUUAUGUACGGGGCUGGCUUCAUCUGCCCUCAGUUGCUGGUACUGAGUGGUCAGCGUCUGCUCCACAUGUUUGGCUACUAUCAGAUCAUCCUCCUCAGCUUCUGCGUGGAGGCAGGCGCCGCUGGGUUCAUGCUGUUGCUGGGUCCCAGCCACUACUGCUGCCUGGCUGUCUUCAUCACUGGCACCAUGAUUUUGGUCCAGGCUGCUUUUAGUCUCUUCGGUCUACCACUGGCUGACAUCAUUGACUCAGACAUGCAGAAGUACAAGCGCAGCUCCCCACUCUCCUCUAUGGUCUUUGGGACCAAUGCCCUGUUCACCAAACCUGCACAGUCCCUGGCCCCCAUGCUGGUGGUUUCCAUUCUCAACCUGUAUGGCUAUGGGGAAAUGAAGGAUGGACAAACUGCAGACCCCAGUGCGCUGGAGGCCCUGCACAACACAAUGUUCUACUUGGUUUGUAUGGUGCCAGUGUGUGUGACAGUCCUGCAGGUGAUUGCGUGGAAGUCAUUCUCAAUCAGGAACAGUCAUAAAAUGGACCAGAAAUGUAUAGAGAAAUGAUUUUUAAAUUAUUAUUUUGUCAUAGCUGCUCUGUAUUCUUAUAAUGAAAUUAUAUAUAUAUAUAUAUAU